UAUAAAGCGCCGCCCUCUUUUCGUCGCUAGUCAUUUACUAUUGGUUGCAAAUCAGCGCGGGAGAAAAGCAACGGUCCGGUUUUGACGUCUGCAUAUCAUCCUCUCUCUUCAUCCUCACCCACCAAGCACUUCCGAUCGGCUCCUUUUCUUAACGAGGCAAAAAGAAAACCCUAGAAUCCACGUCAGUAGCUCCUCACGAUGUUUCUACUUUCCAAAAUGAUAUUUACCUUAAAGAGCAUCUCUCUUUUAGUUAUUAUUCUAACAGGAAUGGCAUCUGCAAACAUCUGGGAAAAGCCGGGUUGCUUCAAAGUUGGUCAUACCAGAACUAUUAGCAUUCCGGGAUGUGUUGAAUUCGAUAUAACUACAAACGCAUGUCGAGGAUUCUGUGUGUCGUACUCGGUGCCUUCCUCGGAGGAUUCACUGCGCAUCAAUCCGAAACAAGCCAUCACGUCUUAUGGACAAUGCUGUAACAUCAUGGAAACAGAAGAUGUUAAGGUGAAAGUAAUGUGUCUGGAUGGACCAAAGGCGCUGACGUUUAAAUCAGCUGUCACUUGUGCCUGUUAUCACUGUAAAAAAGGCUGAGAAAGAAAUUGAUUUGGAACUUGGAUUUUAUGCUGUUUACACACCAAAAAUUCGCCAAAUUUAAUUGUAUGCUUGAUACUUAAUUUGCUGAGCAAAAUAAAAAUAAAUUGCUUUAAUUCUC